AUGAACGGACAGGGUACGCGAAAUCAACAAGAGGACUCCAAUGCAACACCCGUGGCACAACUGGGGUUGCCCAACCCGGCAUCAGAUGAAAACCCCCACCAGCAUCACCUCCAUCCACACCAGAACAACAACAGCAGCUGCAAAUUACCACCUCCCGUCACAGUCACAGGCCAGUAUGAAAUGCUGAAUCACCCGUUCAUUUUACCAAGCAUCAACGAGCUCCAUGCUGACCGCGGACACCAAAAUCCAGUGCCGUUGAAUGCGUAUUUGCAGCAGGAUCUCGGCCACGGAAUGAUCCCCACGCAUGUCGACAUGACCGACCACGAUGCACAACUAAACAACAAGCCCAAGAGACAGCGAAGGAGCUACAGUUGUGGUCCUUGCAAAUUGCUAAAGAUCAAGUGCGAUUUGCAAAUCCCGUGUGCCUCGUGCAAGAAGUUCAAGAGAGUCGGCCGUUGCAUGAUGCAGCCGCCACAACCACCGUCGCAGGAGGAAAUGAGCAAAAUCAAGGAGAGAAAGAAACGAACUCUAAGCAAGAAAUUGAAAACAGGCGAAGUUUCAAAUGAACGAGACACGAGCGCAUCGGCAGUGGCCAACAAUGGAGGCGUGGGGACGGAGUCUCCCGAUCAACAGAAGCUGUUGCAACUCCCAACGUCGUCGGCAUCAGCGUCGGCGUUUGGCAACGCGCGAGGCCAAUUUUCAACCCACCCUAUAUCCAAUAUUAUUUCCUUUGAAGAUAGUUCGGCAGCCACCUCUGCAAACCGUGUGCGGGAAAUGGGAGCUCCCGACGAGUUUUUGUUGGAUUCGCUUUUGCAAUUGGAUAUGCAACGCUCGGUCGAGCUCAAUAUGGUGGAUGUAAAGAGAAUUAAAAGGCUCCUACCUAACAAGUUUAAAUUCUUUGAGCGGGUUUUCAACUUUUUUUUAAAGACAAUAGAUGCAGUUCACAUUGACACUCAAAACUUUGACGAGAUUCUCCACCAGUCGAGGCUCGUAUAUGACAAAUUGACAAGCAUCGAUGACGAGGAUGUGAGAAAUAUUGCUCGCAACUUUACUUUUAACUUUGUCGAAAUACGUCACUUGUCGUUGUUCUUUUUAAUCUUGGUCAAUGUUUACAUAUUCGAAAACUGGGAGUUGAAACACUUUUUGCUUGACUUUCGACAUAUUUACCAAAGGGAUGAGCUCUUGUCGGAUUGGAUGAAAGCAGCCAAGUUCUUAAAGUCCAAGGUGCUAUCCUACGAUUCGUUAACAGACAUACAGUAUUUGAUGGACUGGUAUCUCAUCAUCAAAAACUACUACACGUAUGACGACUCCCUUGUUGAACACUAUUUGGAAUUCAACAACCUCCUCAGCUACAUUGUGUUGAAUAAUGAUUUUAUUGCGUUGAUGGACGAGCCCAUGGAAACUUUAUCCACAAUUUCGACCCCUACUGAGGAGACUCCCAAUGACAGCGACGAAAAAUUAUCACGACCAACUUCCAACUACCCCACCUCGCAAGAGUUUACAACGUUGGCCAAGUACUGGUUGCAAGUGAAGCUAACUGAAAUCGACUUUGCCUUUUUCCAGUACAAAGGGUCGAUGUUGGUUUUCAACCAGUUCAAAAACACCAUUGUGCCGCACAGGGAAAUCCUACUGGAGUUGUAUGGACCGGAUUCCAAGAUGAUGAAAAACCCCUUGGGCAGAUUUUUUAUUGAGCUGUGUGGAACCUAUUACCGGAAACCGGGGCAUGCGACAGAUCUCAAGGGGAUCAUCAGGAAAUAUUUGACUUUUUACAGCGAUUUCUUAUUGCUCACCACGAGAGAACUUGGGAACGUGGAAUCGAUACUAACAGCUGAAGUCCAAUCGGGCCAAACACGAGAACUUACCCUUUUUGAUUGCCAAACGCUACUCAAAAAUCAAAAAAUGUUGCUUACUUUUAUCCAAUGGUUAUCAUUUGUUCGAAUCGAAUCGAACCACUUCCCCAGUUUGAGAUACGCCUCGUACCUCACGAGCAUGAUGAACAUUUUUAAUCAUGCAAUCUUGCUAGACCAGAUCUCCGGGGGCAAGCUAUAUGACACCAUGAUGGAGAAUGUUUCGCUCAUUGAAAUGAGACGUUUUUACCAGAGUUUAAUCUACCAGGGCUUUUUUUUGAUUUUGAUAAAAUACGCAAUUUCACUAGCUCCAAGCUCUUCUCACCCUCAUCCUCCCUCAUCAUCCUCAUCAUCGUCAUCAUCAUCCUCAUCAUCAUCAUCAUCAUCAUCAUCCCACGGGCAGGCGACAAAUUCUCGAGUUGAUGUUUCGAAAUUUUACCCCACCAUGCUCAAAUCGUUCCAAAUAAUGAGAAAAAAAUUCGUAACGGACCCAAGCGAAAUAGCCAAGUGCACUUUUUCGCCAAUCUUCAAGAAAACUGCCGGGAUUCUCGAACAAUAUGAUCGAAUAUUGACCGACGAGUCAUUCAAAUUCCACGACAACUCCGAGUUUCACGAAGUGUCUGAAAUCAUCAACAUUAUAGAGUCGGUGUUCACGUCGCACUUAUGGAGCUGCUUGGCCGAUACGUAUUUUGGCGCUAGAGAUAACAUGUGCCGGUACGCGGAAAAGGCAUGGGACCUACUCUUGCAUCUCAAGGAAGAAGCCGUGGAAGAGAUUGAUCAUGCAUACAUCACCCCCGAGAUAAGGUUUGACGACGCGUUCAUGAUGCUGCAUCUGGGUAAAUUGACAGGGUUUGUAUUUGACGAUGUUAUCAUCGACCAAUACAUUAAGCUUAACGUGGAGCCAAACAUUUAG